CCAAACCAUAUCUUAAGUGUUGACACCUCGUCCAUUGAAACUCUUAACGCUUCGUGUAUAAACAGCAUGAAACAUCCAUGCGCUUGUUCAGAACCUAGCGUUGUUGCAAUCGAUCUCGACACAUGGCCGACCCAGCCCCUCGUAGAGUGAAUGUUCUUCCGCUUGGGAUAGAUCCUGCCAUUGCGAUACGUGCGGCCUUCCUGGCCGGCUCUGCCUUUGUACUCUUGGUGUAUGCUAUUCCUCUACUACGCAAUCGACUCCUUGCGUAUGGUCCUCGUUCGUCUGUCGUACCUCCAAUCGACGCAUCUUCGAACCGUGCCAAUCACUAUAUUGCGAUCCUCGACCGUCUCGCUGCCUAUCGUGUGCCUCACAACUACUUUACACACUUCUACAUUGUCUCUGUAGUUGGCUCUUUAGUAUGGGCGCAACAGCUCUUGACCCAAGGAUCAAUAUUUAAUAACAUAGCCCAACAUGCAAGUCUUUCCAGCCGUCGUCCAGCCAUGAGCUUCGAAAGCAUUGUGCUCGCCUGGAUGCUACUCUGCGUUCAGGGAUCGCGCCGUCUUUACGAGAGCCUCGUCUUCUCACGCUCAUCGAAGUCGACCAUGUGGGUAGGGCACUGGGCGCUCGGGCUGUUGUUCUACGUCGGCAUCGGGCUGGCUAUCUGGAUCGAGGGCAUACCAACCAUGAUCCAGGAGGAGAGGUUCCAUCACCUGCAACAUGAUAAACAAAUGUCAGGAGCUGGCCGAUCAAUCACUUAUGUCAUCACACCAAGUGGCCGUAACGUCGUCUUUAUACCUCUAUUUCUGCUUGCUUCUGGACUGCAAUACGUAACGCACAAGUAUCUCUACAGUUUACCUAGAUACCCCGGUUCAUCAGUCGUCUACACUCGUCCGACACAUCCUACGUUCUCCAUGUCUGUAACGCCUCAUUACUUCUUUGAGGUCUUAAUAUACACUAGUCUAACCAUCCUAUCCGCACCACGCGGAAAUGUAGUCAAUUGGACUGUGGCUUGCGGUUUGGUGUUCGUAACAGUGAACCUUGGCGUGACAGCCAUAGGCACAAGACAAUUCUGGAUCUGUACAUGGGGUCAGGAGAGUGUUAGAGGGAAAGCGAAUAUGAUUCCACUUAUAUGGUAGCCCCGUAGCGUUGCGCAUGAUACCAUAUUGUGUCUCAGGUCCGCAUACCUCUCAACUGUUCCUUGACUAAAGUCCUCAGGCACGCAGAUGGGCGAUUCAAUUUGCACAAUAACAAUUCAAGCUCGAUGUCUUACUUACCCAGCGCGUGCGUGGGCAGUAGUCAGGCAUGCAAGCUUCAAUUUCGUCCGGGAGAGCUAGGCCGUACGGCUAGGCUAAUAUGCA